GAGCUGCCCAGGCAGAGCCAGCCUGAGGAGACAUCUGAGGCCACAUCUCUCAACAGUUUAUUCUUCCUGCUGCUGCACCAACUGCUGCACACUCUGGGCCUCACUGCUGGAACCAUGCAGUCCCCUUGCUGCUGCCUUCUCUCCCUCCUCUUCUACCCCUUCCUCCUCUCUGGGACAUGGGCAAACCUGGAUGGGACUUUCACUAUCCGGCUGCUCCAGACCACCACCUUCCAAAACACCUCGUUUGUGGACAUGGAGGGGCUGGGCCUGCUGGAAGACAUCGAACUUGGUUCUCUUGAUAAACACACAUGGUCCAUCCGCUUCUGCCAGCCCUGGGUGCGCCCAGCCCUGCCCCGUGCUGACUGGGACACCAUUGAAAACUUGCUUAAGAUCUAUUUGCAGCAGUUCAACCAUCUAAUCAAUGAAGGGGCCAUGCAAAGGGACAUCCCAUACCCCUUUGUUGUUCAGUGCACAGCAGGCUGCAUGCUGUACCCCAACAGAACCUCCCAGGCCUUUGGCUAUGUGGGUUACAAUGGUCAGGAUUUCCUCAGUUUCGACACAAAGAAUUUAACCUGGACCCUCUCCCAGGACACCAAGUUGUCACGGUAUGUCCAGUCAUUUCUCCAGAACUACACUGCCCUGAGUGAGCUGGUGGAAACUCUCUUCAAUGAUACUUGUGUCGAUGACAUGGAGGUGCUCCUGCACUAUGGGAGGACAGCUCUGGAGAGACAAGAGCUGCCUGUGGCCACGGUCUUCGCCCGCACCCCCAGCCUAGACCAGCUGCUGCUUGUUUGCCAUGUCACUGGCUUCUAUCCCCGUCCCAUCAGCGUGGCCUGGCUGCGGGAUGGCCAGGAGGUGCCUCCAGGCCCAGCGCUCAACACCAGCACCAUCCUGCCCAACGCUGACCUUACGUACCAGCUCCGCAGCAUCCUGGCUGUGGCCCCCCGUGAUGGGCACAGCUAUGUCUGCCGUGUGCGCCACCACAGCCUGGGCACCCGCAGCCUUCUCAUCCCAUGGGGGAGAUCAGAAGUGGUGCUGAUCACAGGGCUCGUGGCCGGGCUGCUUGCAGCCAUGGCCGUAGCUACCAUGGCGGUGCUUUGGGUGUGGAGACAAAGAAAGCACCAGCAGAUGGAGGAAUCAGAGUCCAGGAACUCCAUCCUGAGCAAAGACGCUUAG